CUGUUGAUGAAAAAUACAGUCUUUGGAUUGAUAUAAUUGCUACCAUUUUAGCUGAGAUUAAGGCCCAUGUAAAAAAAAAAAAAAACCCAGCCGCCCAGGACACACAAUAUGGAAUUACUCACUGCAUAGCUCAGUUGAGUUCUAAAUGCAAAUUGGAACUCAAAAGGAUUUGCCCUUUUGAUUGUUCAUUUAAAGAAAAAAAAAUCUGGGCAGUUCUUCAAUUGUUGACAUCAACAUUCAUUCAUUCUUUCAUUCAUUUUAAAAAUGUUGUUGGCCAUUUUAAUUAUGAUGAUGAUUUUAAUUUAUUAUCUACCCUUUAGCCUAAGGUCACAGGGCAGGUUACAAUAAUUUAAAAGAGAAAAUUAAAAAAAAAAUCCAGUUUAAAAACAUGUAAUUAGAAAGAUACCAAAAAAGGGUCUUGUGAAAAAUAGAAUGGGUCCUGAAAAUAUACAUUCAAUUACCUGCCCUUCACCAGCUGGUCCCAUUUUAAUUUCCUGGAUCCAUGUGAAUUCUACACCAUAACUUCAUAUUUGAGGGUGGCUUAAUUUUUAAAUACAGUGGUACCUCAGGUUACAUAUGCUUCAGGUUACAGACUCUGCUAUCCCAGAAAUAGUGCUUCAGGUUAAGAACUUUGCUUCAGAAUGAGAAUAGAAAUCGGGCUCCGGCAGCGCGGUGGCAGCAGGAGGCCCCAUUAGCUAAAGUGGUGCUUCAGGUUAAGAACAGUUUCAGGUUAAGAUCGGACCUCCGGAACGAAUUAAGUACUUAACCUGAGGUACCACUGUAUGGAUAAGGUAAAACUAAGAACAUAAUAAGAGCCCUGCUAUACCAGACCAAAGGCCCAUCUAGUCCAGGAUUCUGUCCUCACAGUGGCUAGCCAGAUGCCUGUGGAAAGAGAGUGUUGUUUUCCCAACAUGGGGUUCAAACCCACAACCCUGUCAUUAAGAGCCUCAUGCUCUACCAACUGAGUCAUCUUGGUCCAUUCGUGUUCGAUACUGCACUGUUAGAAUCAUACACACAGACUCCCAUGACUACUAAUCUUUCACUCUAUUCAAUUCAUGCCCGUGACAGCAACUCCCUUCUGAAGAUUCCUUAGGGCAGCAUAGGGGAAACUAACCACUUCCUAAUGGCAAACAGAGUCUUUCUCCCCUCCCAGUUCUCUGGAAGUGGCUCUUUUAGGGCUGGAGGGUGAGGCAAUGCAGGUGGAAAAAGCCAUUACAUGCUGGUCAACACAGAGUCUCUCACCUCUCAUAUUGUGGUAGCGAAUUCCAUUGUGCUUUGUGAAGAAGUACUUCUUUUUGUCUGUCCCCGAUCUCCCAACAUUUAGCUUCAACUCACAACAUUUGGAUCACCCUCGUUCUAAAAGGAUGAGAAGAAGGGAUAAAACAGCCCAUCCUGUAAAAAAUGUGUUGUUGUUGGCAAUGGAGGGGUGCUUCGAAACAAGAGUCUGGGGGAGACAAUUGAUUCUUAUGAUGUGGUAAUCAGAAUGAAUAAUGGACCUGUUGCAGGCUAUGAAGAAGACGUUGGACGAAAGACAACAUUCCGGCUCUUUUAUCCAGAGUCCAGUUUUUCAGAUCCAAUUCAUUAUGACCCUAACACAACUGCAGUUCUUGUUGUCUUCAAGACCCAUGACUUAAAAUGGCUUUGGGAUCUGCUAAGUGGCCAGCGUUUAAUAAGAACAAAUGCCUUCUGGAAAAAACCAGCAACACAAAUGAUAUAUAAAUCCCACCAAAUCAGAAUCCUUGAUCCUGCCAUUACCAGGAAAACAGCCUAUGAACUGCUCCACUUGCCUACAAGGUUCUCCAAACACGUGAAACCCAAGCAUCCCACCACAGGGUUAAUUGCCAUUGCUUUUGCAUUUCAUAUAUGCAGUGAAGUUCACCUGGCAGGCUUCAGGUACAACUUUGAGGACCGAAACAGUUCUUUGCACUACUAUGGUCAUGACACCAUGUCUCUGAUGAUCCAGAAUGAAUACCAUGAUAUUUCUGCUGAACAAAGGUUUCUGAAGGAACUUGUGGACCGCAGCAUUGUGGUCAAUCUCACAGAAAAAUAAAUAUGAAAGAAUAAUCACUAUUCACCACCAGACUGAUCUGGAGUGGGACGUGGACUCAUUUUUUAUUUGGAUUCUUAUUUUUUAAUAAGAUAUCUGCCAAGUUAUUUAAGAAGAGGAUUGAAGAAGACACGUUGUGCAUAACCCCCAAGUGUUGAAAACGCUGAAGGAUGCCUCUGCCUUGUUGAUACUUGACCAGCAAACAACCAUCAGAGUUAACUGACGUGUGGAUUUAUUGAAUAAUGGAAGAAACGCAACCUUCCGCGAAUAGUGUUGGAGAUCUAUAAAAAUGAUACAACAUGGAGUUUUCAGUUGCUGGUUUCUUUUUCUUCAUGUUCUUCUUUCCACGCCCACCCCCAAUUUGCUUUGUCUCCAUGUGAUCACUUAGCACCAUCGUAGACUUUCAAAGGUCUAGGUUUUGGAAGUGGGGCAUAUACAAAGCCCUCUGUCAAAUUUGUGAGUGAAAAAGAGAGGUGUUAAAAGAGAGGUCCAUGAAUGAAUCUUCAUCCAGCUCCAGGAUGGCAGAAAUGCUAGAAGUCAUUUAUGCUACUUAAUCCAGCUUGGAUGGAUACAAACAUUGGCCUUUCCAAGGAGAAUUAUGGGUUAAGGCGACACAGGUGUGAUAGGGACAGUAAAUAUAAUGGUCCACUCACAA